AUGCGACAAUCAGCAGCUGCAUCGUCACGACAGUCCACGCUGCAGAAUUCCGCGUUGAAUGCCGCUGCACAAGCGCGUCUUCUCGAAAAGAAGAAAGAAUACGAGGCGGUUGCAGCCUUGGAACGGGCGAGUGUGCAGUUUGUCAGACGCAUAGACGAACUGGGCGACGACUUCGAUGUUAUGGCCGACGCGGGAAAAGUGUGUGGGCAAGUGUUGGAGCAAUGGCCGAACAUGUUCAGAAUUCUGGGCCUAUUCUUGUCUGCCCGCGAACACCAACAAGACGAUAGAACGACCUCAGAUCCGCAGAGCACGUCCGGCGAACGCCUCGUCAGGGUACCCAUUGACGAGCUCCGGCCAUCCGAGGACAAGACAUGA